AUGUCUUACGACCGGCUCAACUCGCUAGAGGCCCAGCCUACUACCAUGCGCAGGGAUGAAGACCCGCAGUACCGUGACGAUCCGGACUUCGACCGCCUGGCCGUUCAGCUUUCAGACCAGUUAUUUGAAUUGACAGCGAACAUUACUCGUCUAUCCAACCAGAUUAGUCUACUUGGCACAAAGCGCGAUACUGAGCGGGUGCGCGAGCGAGUUCAUAAUUACCUCGAAGAGACUCGUACGGGGUUUAGGGAUGUAGGCGAAGGAAUCAAGGAACUCCAAACAUGGGAGGAUGUCAACCCCUCCCAAAAAUGGACUCAGCAAAAGAUAUCGAACGAGUUCAGGAGCACCUUGGAAGAGUUCCAAACAAUCCAGCGCCGCGCGAUUGAGAAACAGCGCGCCUCGGCCGCUGCAGCACGUACGGCGGUUGAAGAGGAAGGACAGCCAACAACAGACAACGAUUUAUUGCUACAGGAACAGCAGCUGGAAGAGCAACAUCGCAUGGCCAAUCAAGGCGAAGUGGACUUCCAAGAAUCAUUGAUUAUCGAGCGUGAGACGGAGAUCCGCAACAUUGAACAAAGUGUUGGGGAGUUGAACGAGCUCUUCCGAGAUGUCGCACACAUCGUUACCGAACAAGGAGGGCAGUUGGACAUCAUUAGCGAGAACGUGGAGAACGUCACUCAAGACACCCGGGGCGCCAAUGUUGAGUUGCGCAGUGCCAGCAGAUAUCAAAAGAACGCACGAAACAGGGCAUGCUGCCUCUUCGUGAUUCUUGCCGUGAUUCUCGCUAUCAUUGUACUUGCAAUCGUCCUCGGGUAG